UGCGGGACGACCGAUCCCACGGUUCCACCAGUGCAUCUCCUUCUUCUAUCAAUUUAUCGAACGCCUCUACAUAUACUAUGACAAACAGCAAGCUGCCUUCAUUUGACGAGCUUCCCAUCAAGCCCGAAUACCCUCCUCAUUCUGCAUGGGGGGUGUGGGGUGAAGACGAUAACCUCGGCACUCUUAACCUUCUGACCGAAGACGUCGUAACCGAGGCAGGCAAAUGCAUCAAGAAGGGCAAGGUCUUCCCAUUGAACUGGGAGCUGGAAAAACCCAAUCCUCCCUUGUUUGGCCGUCAAGCCAUCAAGCACAACCUGCACCCACAUACCCCGGAUAACAUUUCCUUUGACGACUCGUACGAUAACUUUAAUCCCCAGUCCUCUACCCAGUGGGAUGGUCUUUGCCAUGUUUCCCACGUGCCCACCGCAACAUUUUACAACGGUAUCAAGCCCGAAGAAAUCAUCAGUCGCGACUCCGGUCGUCUUGGUAUCCACCAUAUGGCACGUCGCGGUAUCGCUGGUCGAGCCGUGCUGUUGGAUUACGCCCGCUGGGCCGAAAAGCACAGACCUGAUUUCAACCCACUUGUUCGCAUGGAAGUCUCUGUCGACGAGCUCAAGCAGGUCGCUGAAGCCCAAGGCGUUACUUUCAAGCAAGGUGAUAUCCUUCUGGUUCGCGUCGGAUGGAUGGCGGCCUACGAGAAGGAGGGCCAUCGUCUGGCGGAAAUGAUGGAUUUGAAGCAUCCCGAAUGUGCUGGUGUCAAGGCUUGUGAAGAAACUUUCAGAUGGAUUUGGGAAAACCAUUUUGCUGCGGUCGCCUGUGACAACUUCCCCUUUGAAGCGUUCCCACCCAACUGGGUAGAGUCUUGUCACGUCCAAUUUUUGGGCGGUUGGGGUAUGCCAAUCGGCGAAAUGUUCUACCUGGAAAAACUUGCGGAAGACUCGGCCAAGGAUGGUAUCUACGAGUACUUUUUCACCAGCGCUCCUCUUAACAAAUACCAGGGUGUUGCUUCUCCUCCCAAUGCUAUUUGCAUCAAAUAAAUAUAAUCCUACUGCACGCGACUUUCACUCUUCUAAUUUUACUACUGUAAUAACUUUAAAAUACGUAAUAAAGUACAAAACCUCCAUGAUUACAAAUUUAC